AUGGCAGCGAUAGCAGGUGCAACCUUUGGAGAGAAAUUCGCGGAUUUCAACGUGAUCCAAGCCACAUACAAACAGGUACACGGGCAUGAUAUUCGAGCCGAUGUCCUGGUCCCAAAGUCCCUAUCCGCUAAAGGCCCAAGACCGGUAAUUGCUCGGUUUCAUGGCGGUGGACUGAGCUGUGCCGAUUCCCUUUAUGCAGACUGGUUCCCAAGGUGGCUGCUAGAACUCUCAGUAACACACAACGCCAUAAUUGUUUCAGCAAACUACCGUCUCCUUCCCGAAGCCACGGGCCUCGAAAUUCUAGAGGAUGUAGAUGACUUCUGGUCAUGGCUACAUUCAGAGAAACCGAAGGACCUAUUGGCGGCCCAGGAUUCGCCGAUUGAGCUAGAUCUGAACCGGGUUCUGGCCGCAGGAGAUUCGGCAGGCGGACUGCUCAGUAUCUACUUGACACUGUCCUACCCCGACCAGCUUCGUGCAGGGACAGCCGCAUAUCCCCAGCUCAGUUGGGAUGACCCACCUCUCUACCCUCCACAGAGGAGUUCGCUUUCACCUUAUGUCCUGGAGUCAGUGAUAGACGAGUAUAUAGCAAACAUCAAACCGGGAGAUGUUGAAUCUUCCGAUCGUGAACUUCGACGUGCUACUCUCAGCUCGGCGCUCUCGCAGCACAGAAGAAGCCGCGGGUUUUACCUCCGGGACUCCGAGACAUCACCACGUCGGAAUCGACUCUCCCAGCUUGCAAGAUUGGAUCUGCCUGACACGAGGCUGCCUCGUGGUGGCUUAGUGAUCCUUCACGGCACCGAGGAUGACGAUGUCCUUUCGGAAGUGAGUGAGCGGUUUGUGGAUAAGGCAAGAGAGAUGUUGAAGGGACGGCAAGGCAUCGAUAAGCUAGUUCUUUCUUUGCAACCUGGUGGGCAUGGAUUUGAUGCGAACGUGCCUUUGACAGAAGACUGGCUGAGUAGCGCCCUCAAGGAUGCGCUAGACGCGUGGUUGGAGUAA